AAUCUUCUCCUUCUCUCAGAUCCGAAAACUUGGGGAGACUGGUUGUUGGGUGUUCGGAUCGGUCCAUCCAUCUCAGUGGCAGUCUGGUAAUUGGAGAGACGAGGUAUGGGUCUCCUCGACAAGCUGUGGGAUGACACCGUCGCGGGGCCCCAACCGGACACCGGCCUCGGCCGCCUCCGCAAACUCGCCGCCCGCCCCGCCGCCGUCAAGAUCAACGAUGUGGCUCCGGACGCUGCGACGGUGAUCCCACCUACGACGCCGGCCAGCGGCGGGGAUGCGCCGAUGAAAGUUACUCGCAGCAUCAUGAUUAAGCGGCCGGUGGGGUACCCCUCGUCGCCGAGGAGCGCGGCCAGCACGCCGCCAGCCUCCCCGCUAGGAUCCACGCCGCCCAUCUCCCCGUUCGCCGGCGGCGGUGGUCGCUUCAGAAGGAAAUCAUCCUCGGAUGCAUACGAGAGGGCUACACCACCCGGGGCGUCGACCAGUCACCCUCCUCCCCCUUUUGAAGUGUGACUGCCCAGCGUGCUCAUGCUCGUUUUUGCUCCUCGGCCGGCUCUACUUCAAGCAAGGGAGAGGAGGAAGAGGAGUAUAAAAUAGAUGAAUGUGUAGUGUUCUCUUUCUACUAUAUAUGCAGUUUACGUGUGUAUGGUUAUGUCAAGCAGAGAAGGUGUUGAAAGUUGCUGCUGCUACUGUGCUGUGUUAGUAUGUACUUAGGUCACCUCUAUUCUGGCACGCAGCUCCUCGUUUGUGUUUUGUCUACUAUGUUGUCGAGGCCUUGUCCUUCCAUCAUGUUCGUGUGUUGUGCGGAUGGAAGCAGUAAUGUUAAGUACGUAGUACGUGCAAUUUUGCUUGA